AAUCGCAUCUCCUCACUGCUUGCAGAUUGGCGUACGCGACAAAAUCUGGGCAUUAGUAUGGAGGAUUAUCGUGCCGCAUACGGUUGCAUGGCACCCUGUUUGCACACAGCUAGUCGCAAUUCAACGGCCACGAAUAAUAAUUCCAACUUGAACAAUCAAUCCGCACAGUCCACGACCGCGGCUGCUCACACAACAAAUAGCACCGCCGGAACCACUGCAUCAGUCUCUACCAUCACAUUGACAGCAUCAGUUGGAUCUGGUCAACAAUCGAUCUCGUCCACCGUGNGACCAAUCACAAAGUCAUUGCUCACACAUUCCAGUAUGCCGACGACCGUGGGACAAAACUCAGCCAAAGCGGAGGAGCAUGGUAGUCGACUGCUAACCACAAGCUCAACACUGUCUUUACCAGGGCCCCGCUAG